AUGAGCCCAGGGAUACAGAAGGUGGAAGCUUCGGACGCAGGUCAUUUCGUCCGCGUGGAGUGGGAAGAUGGGAGCGAGAGCCGCUACCCCUGCGUCUGGCUGAGGGACAACUGCCAGUGCCCCCGCUGCUUCCUGCGCUCGGCCAGGGCGCGCAAGCUGGUCUUCGAGGACCUGGACGUGAACAUCGUGGUGAAGGAAGUCGCUCUGGCAGAUAGAAAAAAGAUCUCUAUUACAUGGCCCGAUGAACAUGCAAGCGAAUAUGAAGCCGAGUGGUUGAAAAAACGAUGCUUCUCUGAAGAAGCCAGAGCAGAAAUGCAAGAAGAUUUAUUUUUACCAGAAUGCCAGUACUGGGGCUCAGACCUGCAACUUCCCAAAAUACCUUUUGAAGAAAUCAUGUACAAUGAUGAAAGUGCAUACAAGUGGCUGUGCACCCUAAAGAAAGUAGGAAUUGUGCUACUAACAGGAGCUGCUACUAGGCAGGGAGAGUUGGUUAAACUUGGCCAUAGGAUUGGGUUCCUGCGUCUCACUUUUUAUGGACCAACUUGGCAAGUGCAAGACAAAGUAGAUGCUAACAACGUGGCUUAUACAACCGGGAAACUAUGUUUUCACACUGAUUACCCUGCUCUGCAGUAUCCACCUGGGGUUCAGCUUCUCCACUGUAUAAAGCAAACAGCUGCAGGAGGUGAAAGUGAAGUUGUAGAUGGAUUUCACGUAUCCAACAAGCUGAAGAAACAAAAUCCUCAAGCGUAUCAGAUCCUGUCCUCUACUGCUGUAGACUAUACAGAUGUUGGGGUGGACUACUGUGAUUUUGCUGUGCAAUGUAAACAGAGGAUUAUAGACGUGGAUUCCAGAGGCCAAGCAGUUCGCAUCAAUUAUAAUAAUGCAACAAGAGACACAGUGUUUGACAUACCAGCUGAAAAAGUGAGGCCAUUUUAUGCAGCUCUAAAGGAAUUUGAUGAUUUAUUAAACAGUCCAGAACACAAGUUUACUUACAAGCUGAAACCAGGAGACAUAGUGACGUUUGAUAACUGGCGCGUGCUUCAUGGGCGCCAAAGCUACCAGUCGGGAUCAGAAGUGACUCGUCACCUGGAAGGUGCCUAUGCAGACUGGGACGUGGUCAUGUCAAGGCUCCGGCUCCUCAGGAAGAGCAUCCUGAAUAGGGACUGAGCUUUCUUCUAACGAGAACAAGCAAAACCUGGAUUGUCGAACCUAAAAAAAAAAAAAAAAA